CCAGGUACUUGGAAUGACGGUGAGACGACGGCAGAUUUCACAAGCAAACCUGGUUAAGAGACUCGUAGCAUCACUAUUUCACCACUGUCACCACCACCUGAGACCUGCACCACCCUAGGUUACCAUUACCUGAGAUCACCACCAGCUGAGGUCACCACCAGCUGAGGUUACCACCACUUGAGGUCACCACUACCCGAGGUCACCACCAUCCGAGAUCACCACCAGCUGAGGUCACCAUGUUCGUGCCAGUUCUGCUGGUCAUCAACCUCUUGACGCAGGUGGAGGCCGGUAAGUCCUCGUGCCCUGAGCCCUUCGUCAGGAUCGGGGAGGGCUGCUACUACUUGUCUCAGACGGCGAUGACGUGGAGCGAGGCGCGGGGGUACUGCCAGGACCUCCUGCCGGGGGAGGACGCCGACCUGGCCGUCUUCGAGACCUACUGCAACGACUACUCCCACAUAGCUUCCUACGCCCUUAAUGCCGAGACGUACUUCUUUUGGGUGGGUGGCACGGACGAGGGCCACGAAGGAUACUGGAACUGGGUGGAUGGACGCCCUAUUAACCUGGAGGCCACUUACUGGAGAGAACAAGAGCCAAAAUCCAGUACAUCAUAUAACUGCAUUAUGUUUGUUGAUUUUUAUGAAUCCAACCAUAGGAUGCGCCUCGAAGAUUACACCUGUUCUGCCUCAGAACUCUUCCUGUGUCAGCUGGGUGUCCACGCCCUGAAAUAGUUCAUGAGUUGUUGUUAUGUAAAUCCAGGCACGUCAACUGAGUGUACACACACACACACACACACACACACACACACACACACACACACACACACACACACACACACACACACACACACACACACACACACACACACA